AGCUGGAGGCUUGCCUUGGCUUGGACUACGUCUCUAUGGUUGUCAGAACUGGGCGCCUUCGGAGCAGGAAGCGGCCGACGCUCGAUCGUGGCCGGGAUGUUUCGUCUUCGCUCACUCUCUACGUUGGCAGAACGAACUUUGGGCACUCGUUGGUACCAUGGAGGAUCGCAGCCCAUGCAGAUUAGGAGACGACUAAUGAUGGCAGCAUUCCUGGGAGCAUCAGCAGUGACUGCGAGUACUGGUCUCUUGUGGAAGAGGGCCCAUGCAGAAUCUCAACCAUCAGUGAACAACCAGAAGACUGAAGGGAAGAGUAAUGGUGAAGGAGAAGUUUAUCACCAUGAAAAAAAGGCUGCAGAUACUAGUCUUGAGCCUUAUUCAGAAGAGAAGAAGAAGAAACGUUCUGGAUUCAGAGACAGAAAGGUGAUGGAGUAUGAGAAUAGGAUUCGAGCCUACUCUACACCAGACAAAAUCUUCCGGUAUUUCGCCACCUUGAAAGUAAUCAGUGAGCCUGGUGAAUCUGAAGUGUUUAUGACUCCACAAGAUUUUGUGCGAUCUAUAACGCCCAAUGAGAAACAGCCAGAACACUUGGGCCUGGAUCAAUAUAUAAUAAAACGCUUUGAUGGAAAGGAUUUCUGGCAGACAGAGAAAAUUUCCCAGGAACGAGAAAAAUUUGCUGACGAAGGCAGUAUAUUUUACACACUUGGAGAAUGUGGACUCAUAUCCUUUUCAGACUACAUUUUUCUUACAACUGUUCUUUCUACUCCUCAGAGAAAUUUCGAAAUUGCCUUCAAGAUGUUUGACUUGAACGGAGAUGGAGAAGUAGACAUGGAGGAGUUUGAACAGGUUCAGAGCAUCAUCCGCUCCCAAACCAGCAUGGGUAUGCGGCACAGAGAUCGUCCGACCACUGGGAACACUCUCAAGUCGGGCUUGUGUUCAGCCCUCACAACCUACUUCUUUGGCGCUGAUCUCAAGGGGAAGCUGACAAUCAAGAACUUCCUGGAAUUUCAACGUAAACUUCAGCAUGAUGUUCUAAAGCUAGAGUUUGAACGCCAUGACCCUGUGGAUGGGAGAAUUACGGAGAGGCAGUUCGGUGGCAUGCUGUUGGCCUACAGUGGAGUGCAGUCCAAGAAAUUGACCGCCAUGCAGAAACAACUCAAGAGGCACUUCAAAGAAGGAAAGGGUUUAACAUUUCAGGAGGUGGAGAACUUCUUUACUUUCCUAAAGAAUAUUAAUGAUGUGGACACUGCCUUGAGCUUUUACCAUAUGGCUGGGGCAUCUCUUGAUAAAGUGACCAUGCGGCAGGUGGCCAGGACAGUGGCCAAGGUGGAGCUCUCCGACCACGUGUGCGACGUGGUGUUUGCACUCUUUGACUGCGACGGCAACGGGGAGCUGAGCAACAAGGAAUUUGUCUCCAUCAUGAAGCAGCGGCUGAUGCGAGGCCUGGAAAAGCCCAAAGACAUGGGCUUCACCCGCCUCGUGCAGGCUAUGUGGAAAUGUGCACAGGAGGCCGCCUGGGACUUCGCUGUGCCCACACAGUGACCCUGAACUGCAGGGCCACCUCUGGAGCCCCUUGAGCAGAAUGGAGACACAACCCUUCCUUCUCCUUCCGAAGUCGUGCUCCCGUCCUCCUGGGAAUGACCUCGGGAGCCCACCAUUGUCCUCCGCCCUCCCGUGUUCCCGUGUUGUGCUAGGCCCAGAUUCCACUCUGUGAUCCUCCCACUGGGUCUCGAAAGCUCGCCCUUCGGCACCUCCGGCAGCAGCACCACGCAGCGCCCGGGGGAGCAAGAGCACAGGGACCCUGCGGCCCGGCCAGUUCUCAGAGCCUCUUCCAUGCAGGUUCCUGUCGACGAGCGAGCGUCUCUCCUCUUCUGCUGCUGCUGGUGUCCAGUGCACACUGGGAAAGCCUCGGCAGGGAAAGUCAAGCCCACCCUGAGUGGUGGUAUGGGUGACCCAGGCACCCUGAGCUGGGGGCAGCCUGGGCCAGAGGAGGGAUGCUGUUGUCCCCGAGCAGAUGGGGAAUUUAAAGCAGCCGCUCAAGGCUCUCUCCACUCCCCUCGCCUCCUGGCAGGCUCCCUGUUCCCUGCAAGUGCCGGGCCAUCUGGGAGCGCUCCGCACUGCCAAAGCUGAGGCCUGGCUCAGAGCCGUCUGCCCUGUCUGAAGCACUGUAAAAUAUCACUUUAAUUAUACCAGUUUGCAAUAAACCUCCCCACCGCGAAA